GUAGUGAGUGCUAUAAAUGCUGUUUGAUGAGUUUGCAAGUGAGCACUGAUGCACAAAUUGCCAAUUGACCUGUAUUGAGGGGUCAGUGGAGAAUUUGGGUGUGUUUGAUGAAUAGAUUGAGGAGUUUAGUGGAUUAGAUACAAUGUCGAAGAUAUUCGCAUUGAGGGUGUUGGUUUGGGUUUCCCUUGUGGCAUUCACAGUUGCUGAUAAUGGGUUCUUCAGAUGCAACUGUGAUUAUGAUGGGUUUUGGAGUGUUGAGACCAUUAUGGAGUGCCAAAAAGUUGGCGAUUUCUUGAUUGCAGUGGCCUAUUUUUCCAUCCCGAUUGAGCUUCUUUACUUCGUUAGCUGCUCCAAUGCGCCGUUCAAAUUGAUACUUGUUGAGUUCAUUGCCUUCAUUGUUCUGUGUGGAAUGACGCAUUUGCUCAUGGGUUGGACUUAUUAUGGCCAACACUCGUUUCAUUUGAUGCUUGCGCUUACCAUUUUCAAAGUCCUCACGGCUUUGGUGUCGUUUGCUACUGCUAUUACCCUCGUCUCCCUUAUCCCCUUGCUGCUCAAGGUGAAGGUACGAGAGUUUAUGCUGAAAAAGAAGGCUUGGGAUCUUGGUCGAGAAGUUGGAAUGAUAAAGAAACAGAAAGAAGCCGGGUGGCAUGUCCGGAUGCUCACCCGAGAGAUUCGCAAGUCACUUGAUCGACACACGAUUUUGUAUACGACUCUUAUAGAGCUAUCGAAGACGCUGGAUUUGCAUAACUGUGCGAUUUGGAUGCCAAAUGAGGAGAAAACGGAAAUGGAGCUGACUCAUGAGGUGAGAGGAAGGAGCUUCUUGGAUGGGCGUAACUUCCCUAUUCCAGUCCUCGAUCCAGUCGUACAGGAAAUUAAGCAGAGCGUUGAAGUGAAACUACUCGACCCCGAUACACCGCUUGCUGUUGCAAGUAGUGGGGGAGUAGGGGUUUGUGAGCCGGGAAGUGUGGCGGCGAUACGGAUGCCAAUGCUGAGGGUCGCAAACUUUAAGGGCGGGACCCCUGAGCUCGUCCCGCAAUGUUAUGCUAUCCUCGUUUUGGUUAUCCCCGCUGGACAGGGUAGAUGCUGGGGCAACCAGGAAAUGGGAAUAGUAAAGGUCGUGGCGGAUCAAGUUGCGGUGGCAAUUUCCCAUGCUGCGGUGCUCGAGGAGGUCCAAAAUAUGCGGGAUAAAUUAGAAGAGCAAAACCGGGCUCUUCAUCAAGCACAGCAAGGUGCUUUGAGGGCCAGUCAGGCUAGGAAUUCAUUCCAGAUGGUCAUGAGCAAUGGCAUGAGAAGACCUAUGCACUCGAUUUUGGGUCUGCUCUCGGUUUUGCAGGACGAGCAAUUAAAUCCCGAGCAGAAACUCCUUAGAGACGCCUUGUCGAAGACCAGCAAUGUCCUCUCGACUUUGAUUAACGAUGCAAUGGAUACAUCAACAAAGCAUAACGGAAGAUUCCAACUUGAGAUGAGAUCGUUUCAAUUACAUUCUAUGAUCAAAGAAGCUAUCUGCCUUGCCAAGUGCCUUUGCGCUUUUAAGGGCUACGAAUUUGCGGUUGAAGUGGACAAAUCUCUGCCUAAUCAUGUUAUUGGCAAUGAAAUUCGAGUUUUUCAGGUAAUUUUGCAUAUGGUUGGAAAUCUACUCAAGAACAGCGGUGGAGGGUGCAUCAAAUUCUCCAUAACCCGUGAGGGAGGAAAUGAUUUAGGAUGGAGAAAGUCGUCUAGUGAGUAUGUUCAUAUCAAGUUUGAAAUCGGGAUUGUCGGUAAUAGUUCUCAGCCCGAGGGUGUAUACAAAGGUUCACAAUGUAGCGAGACAUUUGGCCGGAGGGAGGUUGAAGAAGUUCUAAGCUUCACCGUGUGCAAAAAGCUAGUUCAGUUAAUGCAAGGAAACAUCUCGGUAGUGCCAAAUCCUAAGGGCUUUCAUCAAAGCAUGGCAGUCGUUCUUGCCUUUCAUCUCGGGCCAUCCACUUCAGGCAUGUCUGGGUGCACCGAAUCUUCCAGUUAUACACACCCGAGCUCUCUUUUGCCCGGGCUCGAAGUUCUGUUAGCCGACCAUGAUGGUAUCAACAGGGGAGUAACCCGUAGGCUGCUCGAGAAACUGGGGUGCAACGUUUCUGCAGUUUCAACCGGAUACGAAUGUCUCGGGGCUCUAGGAACUCAAGUAUGCCCAUUCCAAGUCGUCCUUUUGGACCUUCACCUGCCCGAUCUCGAUGGUUUUGAAGUCGCCAUGAGAAUUCGCAAGUUCAGAAGCGGAAGCUGGCCACUGAUCAUCGCUCUAACUGCAAACGAUGAUGAAGAUGCGAGUGAAAGAUGCAUUCAGGUCGGGAUGAAUGGUAUUAUUCGUAAACCGGUUAUUUUGCAAGGAAUCGCUGAUGAACUUACCAGAGUCCUGUUGCUAAGAAGCAGAAGCAUUGCAUGAUAAAGAAUAUGAUGCAAUGUCCUCAAAUCAUAAUAAAAAGUAUUAGAGAAUGAAAGCAAGUAUAGAAUAUAUUAUGUUCUUCUAGUCAUAAUAUUUAAUAUAUAUUCUUUUAAUUAGCAUCAUUGCCUUCUAAUUUUUUAUACCAUUAGUUAGUAUAGUUGAUGGAGUAGUGGACUGAUGAAAAUUGAUAUGAAGUAAUUAACUUAAGUGUACAGUAUUCAAAGCAGUGAUGAGAAACUCCCAACAUUUCAUUUGAAUGUGGUCUGAUAAUAAGAUCACUGUUCAAAUGUCUUAUGCCACUUUGCAAUGGCUAAGAUCACUAUUCACUUGUUUUUUU